GCCCGAGGGCGGACACUGGCACCACAACCCGCCAUGUGUGCCGUGGCGAUCAGUGGCGACCUGGCUCCAGCUGAGGCAACAGUUGGUACAUCGCUCGUGAGUGCUGCCUCUCACUUGCACAAACCUGAUUGGAAUUGUGCGUCCUUUGGCAGAAUCCCCCAAGAAGAUGGCUCGCUUUCCGCUGAUGGUCGUUAGGUCCUUGAUGGUGCUUGGGAUCUGUAGCGGAGCUUACAGUUAUUGUCGUCCUGGCACCAUUGAGUGUGCUACAUUGGGGGGGUGCCUGUAUACGAGUUCAAUUUGUAAUGGCAGACAGGACUGCAUUGACAACUCAGACGAAGACAUCUGCACCGGAAAUAAGCUUAGAGUAAUUCCUUCUACCACAACGACCACUACUACCACAACCACCACAACUACCACGACGCCCGCCCCCACCCCUCCCCCACCCAACAACGUGGAGGAGAGCGAGGCGCUGGGUCAGAAGUUCGCUCGGACCUUCAACGACACACUCCACCACCCAAGAUGCCCCAAGCUCUACACCAGCGUCGGGAACAAGUGCCUCUCUCUCCUCUACUUCGUCAAGGUCGGCUGGGGGGAGGCGAGGGCCCUGUGCUCGGCCGUCGGCGGGGAGCUGGUUCGCUACCCUUCUGCCUCCGAAGGGGAGUUCGCUGCUCUCCUGAAGUACCUGCGGGAGAUAGGGAUGACGACGGACUUCUGGGUGGGAGGCCGGUACACGAAGGACACCGAGGCGUGGGCGUGGCUGGACGACGCCCCGAUGGACCUCGGCUCGCCCUACUGGGCCGUCAGACACACCGACAGAUGCAGCAGCCGCCAGCAGGAGUCGGCGCCAGACGGCAAGCCUGAGGACGUCGCCUACUGGACGAACACUUCGGCCUGCUACCACUACGAGCAGGCGCCCCGGCGCGACUCCCACGAGCUCUGCGCCGCCGUCACCUUCCGCCACUACUUCUACAUUAGCGACGAGGACUGCCUCAGCGUCAGGAGCCCUCUGUGUGAACAUGUUCCCAGCACCGCUCAUGACCUCACGCUCGCUAGCAAUCCAUGAGCAUUGUACUACUUCAAGAACCCUUUUUGAUUUCUCGUAUUUUUAUCAUGAAUCACUUAUCCUUUUAAUUUUGUGAAACUGCUACUCUAGAAAUUAUUAUAGGAUAGACUUAUAAGAAGAUAUUUACGUCAUUAAAAAGGCCUCUAACACGAGCACAUUAUCGUUUACUUGGUGCAUUCUAAAAGUCUACCGUGUAUUUUCUGUAGAUCCGUAUAGACAUGUAUAAACACAAAGUUUCAUUGUUUCCUUAGAAAUUUACGGUCGCUUGCUAUCUUGAAAGCAAUUUUAGAGGCCUUCUUUCCUUCUCUUCUUUUGGGCAGAGGCAAGAUACUGCAAUACUGUGAUUGGUGACAGUCCACCAGUGCCAGUGUUCACAUACGCGAAUACAGGUUAACAACGCGCGCUCGUGUCAUUUGAAGUACACGGUGCGUGACAAGAAUACGUUGUACACUGCAGACAGUGCACGAUAAUUCUAUUCUUGUGUGACAGGCCCUUAAAUAUACAACAUAUAUUUCAUCUGCAUAUUUGUAAGGUAAUAAACAGGUGACUGUA